AGCAGACACCGCAGCUUCGCCUGAUUCGCUCACCAUUGGCCUGGUGAGCCUAUCGCAUCAUCAUCCAAGCCCCCAAACUACGCGUCAUUACAGCCGUUACAGCGAUCAACACGAGACGUCUCCUUCACGGCGCUGAGACCACAUCAGGAACAUCAUCUUCCAUCUUCACAUUUACUGUAACCACCCCCCGGUCUCCCAGUACUGCGCCCUCCUUCUCUUCGCAACACAAAAUCAUUACGACUGAAUGAGCGCUUUAAUUUUGCGACCGGCUGUACCAUAUCGUCCGCUUGCACAAUUACGCAGGUUAUAGCUAGAAGAUGCGCACCCCACCACCAUCAUGCCUCCAACUUCUUCCCCAUUGAGGAACGAAGAGUCGUCCUCCUCGACCGACGAGUCCUACGAUAUGACUGAAGGAAAAGAUUUUGCACGCUCGAAGAGCCCCCAGAGCCCCAAGAGCACCAAAGUCACCUUCAACAAUAUCGCCGACUUCCAAAAUGCCUCGACCAUCGACCCUCCCGAGAACAUGCUGGCCGAGACAUUCAUCCCAGAGGCCUUCAACAGACGGCCUCGCUCCAUGUCUCACCAUCUAUCCAGUCAAAAGAUCCCAUCAAGAAAAGCACUCAAGUUAAGAGCACGAUUCUGGCGGUCUCUCAUGAGUCUGGCUAUGCAUUUCCACGACUUCGCUCCUCCGCGAGCCCCGCGACCGUCCUUUAAACACAAAAUCCCAACAGACACUAUCCCAAUCGACCUACAUUUCUACCUCCCUCCACGUUACCAAGAAGUCCUCAACCGCGAUCCUGACUCUCGCUUCCCCGUUGUCAUCAACUUUCAUGGGGGUGGGUUCUGCUUGGGCGACGCCAGAGACGACCGGUAUUGGGCAAGAGUCGUCAUCGAACACACCAACGCCAUCUUCGUGAGCGUCGGCUACCGUCGUGCUCCGGAGCACCCAUUUCCCAUCCCUGUCGACGACUGCGUCGAGUCUAUACUCUACAUCUCUGAACAUGCCGCUGAGCUACACGUCGACCAGACCAAUAUCGCCCUUUCGGGCUUUUCCGCCGGGGCAAAUCUCGCCUUCUCCGCUCCCUUUCGGCUCGCACAUCACCACAACGUCAAUCCUAUCGCAGACAACAAGUCCUCCUCCCGACCCACCACAUCCCAUACCUUCAGCACAUUGAACGACGACACCGACACCGAGGCCAACGAUACCGAGCUACACUACCAGGAAACCCACAACUUCGUCACGCCCGUGCACUCAACCUCCAAGCUUGUCCAACAGCGGACCAACACACCCCUCCAAAUCCGCAGCGUAGUAGCCUGGUAUCCUCUACUGGAUUGGACCAUGUCCCGCUCACGCAAGAUCCGCGAAUCUCGCAAUCCUAAGAAAUGCCUUCCCAAGACUUUCACCGACCUGUUCGACUUCUCCUACCUCCCACCACCCGACAUCGCGGGCGACCACUGCAGCCCGUAUGCCUCUCCAGGUCUGGCGCACGACCAUAUGAUCAUCGACAGCCUUCCCCAGGAUAUCCAAAUGUGGCUGUGUGAGUGGGACAUGCUCCUGCGCGAGGGGCAGGUCUUCGCCGAGCGCCUCGAGAAACUCGGCAAGAGAAUCGACAGCAAACUCAUCCCCCGCGUGCCCCAUGCCUGGGACAAAUCACCCAAUCCGUUCCGAGAUCAAAAGGCCAUCGACUUCCUAUAUACCAAGUCGGCCAUGAACUUGAACAAGGUGUUCCAAAACAAGGACGGUCUAGGGCCGGGCAAUUCGAUGAGCUCGCUCCAUCCAACUGAUAGCAUCAUCGAAAGACAGCCCAGAAAGAGCAUCGUUUUGCCGCUGUAAGCGAGAUUUGACGACGACGACGACGACGACAGCACGCGGGGGCAGGAGCAAAAGUUGUAUCUCGCCAAUGUGCUCCAUCUCCAUUUAUACCUCUACAUUCCUUGCCAUUUGCAGCGUUGAGCGUGGGCAAUCUUCGCAUUCACAGCGUCGGCGCUCUGGGUCUCGCUGUGUCGUUCUUUGGCGCUGCUGCCUUUUUCUCUUUGCCCAGCCUUACGGUGUACGACGUUCGUUCGGCGAUGCAGGCAGGACGUUCUUCCAAUGCAAGGAAAUACGUUCUUAGUUGUCAGCGUUGCUGUAUGAAACGGAAGGAAAAUGGGCACGGGAAAAGGUUUCGUAAUGGGAUGUUAUAUGACCUCAGUCUUGUUAUGACAACUGGUAUCUAUAUAGGAUCGGAAACGAUAGGAAAGGAAAGGAAAAAGCAAGCAUGUCUUCACCUGUUCCAUGUCUUUUCCCCGUGUAUCUUGUCCAAGGUCUACGUUUCUCGGGUCUUGCUGAUUGUCCUUUUGUAAUUGUGUUGACCAGCUUACAACUUAUCAUUGUGCUUUUCAGACCGCCUCGAAUUUCACUUUCAAUUGAUGGUGGUCAAGUAUACCUACUAUCUGCCUUAUCGCGUGGUGAGCUUUUCCUGGCGACUUGAGUCUUCGACGUAUAGUCACUAGAGAUGAGAACUCUAGCUGCCGACCCACUAUCUAUUUUAUCUAGUUUUUG